CACUUUACAGCCGUCCCGCCCACGACGAACCCUGUUAGAAGUGCAGCUCCGAAUGGACGUCGGCGAAUUUGAGAGCCCACCAUGAGCUCCCUUGUCUUUGUGGUAUCAGCUUUGGAAGCUAUCGCGGCUUCCAAGGAGGCCCAGAAGCGGCCGCAGCUGGGAGAGUCUGUUCGAAGAGCCCUCAAGGACAUCAAACAGCAUGAGCCUCAAUUGCCAGACCCAGAGAUUAUAUUUGCCCCGUUGCAACUCGCCACGCAGUCGGGAAGCAUCCCUCUGACCACGGCUGCCUUGGAUUGCAUUGGAAAACUCAUCAGCUAUUCGUACUUCUCAGUGCCAUCCUCUCCGAACGCCGACAAGGAGGCCGACCGGGCGCCUCUGAUCGAACGGGCUAUCGAUACGAUAUGUGACUGCUUCCAGGGCGAAACAACGCCGGUCGAGAUCCAAUUGCAGAUUGUCAAGUCAUUGCUGGCUGCUGUGCUGAACGACAAAAUAGUGGUGCAUGGAGCCGGGCUUCUCAAGGCUGUCCGCCAGGUCUACAAUGUCUUCCUCCUGUCAAAAAGCAGUGCGAAUCAGCAGGUGGCACAAGGGACGUUAGCGCAGAUGGUUGGCACGGUCUUCGAGAGGGUCAAGACACGAAUACACAUGAAGGAGGCAAGGCUGAAUUUAUCAAAACUGGGAAAGGGUGCCGGCAAUCAUAGUUCUCUUACGGUCGAUGCCACAGAUUCGAUGAAUGAUACUCGCGGAAGCAAUGAGGGAGAAGAAUCUAUUGCAGAAAGCGCCGCAUCCGAAGGGCCAUCCGCGGAAGACGGCCCUAAGCUGACACUCAAAGACCUUGAGAAUCGGAAAAGUUUCGACGAUUCGCAGAUGGGAGAAGGACCAACAAUGGUGACACAAGUGAAGCCCGCACAGAGUCCUCCUCGACCUGCAUCGGGACAAUCGACGCAGACAACCCCUGAUCCGAGCAUCGAAGAUGGUAUGGAUUCCGAUGACACCGAAGAUGAAGUCUACAUACGGGACGCAUAUCUGGUCUUCCGAUCCUUUUGCAAUCUCAGCACGAAAAUCCUCCCGCCGGAUCAACUCUACGAUCUGAAGGGUCAGACAAUGCGCUCAAAAUUAAUUUCGCUUCACCUGAUACAUACUUUACUGAGCAACCAUAUGCUCGUCUUCACGUCUCCUUUAUGUACGAUCACGAACAGCAAAAGCAAUGAACCAACACCAUUUUUGCAAGCCAUCAAAUUCUAUCUGUGUCUUAGCAUCACCCGCAAUGGCGCUAGCUCGGUGGAUAGGGUGUUUGAAGUUUGUUGCGAGAUAUUCUGGUUGAUGCUGAAAUUCAUGAGGGCCCCCUUUAAGAAAGAGAUAGACGUUUUCUUAAAUGAGAUCUAUCUGGCGCUUUUGGAGAGACGGAGUGGGCCUGUGACACAAAAGCUCUAUUUCAUGGGGAUUCUUCAGCGGCUCUGUGCCGAUCCUCGAGCUUUAGUGGAGACCUAUCUCAACUAUGACUGCGACCGAAAUGUCGAUAACAUGUUCCAAAAGCUUAUCGAGGAUCUCUCAAAAAUCGCAAGCCAGGCGGUUAUGAUACUUCCCUUACAUCAGCAACAAUACGAGGAGCGAGCUGCCAAAUCUACCCUCAAUGGAUCAGCGUCUGACUGGCAGGCCAGAGGCACUCUUCCUCCACCUCUGUCGACAGCUCACAUGGCAGCUUACCAUGAGAAUAAUGAUAAUGAGAUACCAAGAGAAUAUAUCAUUAAACGACAGGGUUUGGAAUGUCUGGUGGAGACAUUGAGAUCUCUAGUCAAUUGGUCCCAGCAAGGCAUUGUUGAUAUUACUGGUAGGACUGAGACGGAUGUCAGAGCAUCUGAAGACUAUCGGGAGUCUAUUGACCCGUCAGGAAACGAUAGCUCCUCGAGAAUUACCAAUGGUGACACUCCGACUGUACCAUCGACACCGAUAUUGGAAGACGACCCUGAGCAAUUAGAAAAGGUGAAGCAACGGAAAACGGCCUUGAGUAAUGCGAUCAAACAAUUCAACUUCAAGCCUAAGCGAGGAAUCAAGCUUCUGAUAUCUGAAAAAUUCAUCCCAAGCUCUCGGCCGGAAGAUAUUGGCCGCUUUCUGGCAACAGAAGAAAGGCUUGAUAAAACACAGCUCGGAGAAUUUCUGGGAGAAGGUGAUGAGCAGAACAUUGCUAUUAUGCACGCCUUUGUUGAUACCAUGGACUUUACCAAGCGGCGUUUUGUUGACGCUCUGCGACAAUUCCUUCAAUCCUUCCGCCUCCCGGGUGAAGCGCAGAAGAUUGACCGUUUUAUGUUGAAAUUUGCCAACCGAUAUGUCACGGGAAAUCCGAAUGCCUUUGCAAAUGCUGACACAGCCUAUGUUCUUGCGUACUCAGUCAUCAUGCUGAAUACCGAUUUACAUAGCGGCAAAGUCGCUAAGCGUAUGACCAAAGAGGACUUCAUCAAGAAUAACCGAGGAAUCAACGAUAACAACAAUCUUCCGGACGAGUAUCUCAUAGGGAUAUAUGAUGAGAUUGCCCGUGAUGAGAUUGUCCUGAAGAGCGAACGCGAGGCAGCGGCAGCGAUGGGAAUGACACCUACAACUAGCGGCGGGAUUGCUGCUGGUCUUGGACAAGCUCUUGCUACGGUUGGUAGGGAUUUGCAGCGUGAAGCCUAUCUGCAGCAAUCCGAGGAGAUCUCACACAGGUCUGAACAGCUGUUCAAGAACCUCUUCCGAAAUCAACGUAAGAGUCCUUCCAAAGCCGGUGGAAUCAAAUUUAUCCCAGCGACUUCUUUCAAGCAUGUGGGUCCAAUGUUCGACGUAACUUGGAUGUCCUUCUUCUCUGGACUAUCAGGCCAAAUGCAAAACGCCCACAACAUUGAGAUUAUCAAGCUGUGCAUGGAGGGCAUGAAACUUGCCAUCCGCAUUUCGUGUCUCUUUGAUUUGGCAACCCCAAGGGAGGCUUUUGUUUCUGCGCUGAAGAAUGCAACCAACCUCAACAAUCCAACUGAGAUGAUGUCGAAGAAUGUCGAAGCGCUCAAAGUUUUGCUUGAAGUCGCACAGACAGAGGGAAAUCUGCUAAAGGAGUCAUGGCGAGAUAUUCUGAUGUGUGUCAGCCAGCUCGAUAGACUUCAACUAAUAUCCGACGGUGUGGAUGAGGGUUCUAUUCCGGACGUGUCAAAAGCUCGCAUAGUAGCGCCGUCGCGCCAAGAUACGAAUUCAUCGAGGAAGUCCAUUCAGAGCCAAGCACCAAGGACACGACCUCGACCUCGCUCUACAACCAAUGGCACCAGCUAUUCGGUGGAGAUCGCGAUGGAGAGUCGUUCGGAUGAGGUCAUCAAAGGAGUUGAUCGCAUCUUUACCAAUACAGCAAAUCUUUCGGGAGACGCUAUAGUACAUUUCGCUCGAGCAUUAACCGAGGUCAGUUGGGAAGAAAUCAAGAUCUCGGGAUCAAAUGAGUCGCCUCGAACCUACAGCCUUCAGAAAUUAGUCGAGAUCAGUUACUAUAACAUGACCCGUGUGAGAUACGAGUGGGCAGCCAUCUGGGUUGUUCUAGGUGAGCAUUUCAAUCGUGUCGGAUGCCACAACAAUACCGCGGUGGUGUUCUUUGCCUUAGACUCCUUGCGUCAACUAUCGAUGCGUUUCAUGGAGAUCGAAGAACUGCCUGGUUUCAAAUUCCAGAAGGAUUUCCUCAAGCCAUUCGAGCAUAUCAUAUCAAAUAGCAGCGUCGUUUCUGUGAAAGACAUGACGCUCCGCUGCCUCAUUCAGAUGAUUCAAGCACGUGGUGACAACAUCCGGUCGGGCUGGCGGACAAUGUUCGGUGUUUUCACCGUCGCCGCUCGCGAACCAUAUGAGAGUAUUGUUAACCUCUCGUUUGAGAAUGUUUGCCAAGUAUACAAGACUCGCUUUGGCAUGGUCAUCUCUCAAGGUGCAUUUGCCGAUCUAAUCGUCUGUUUGACGGAAUUUUCCAAGAAUAUGAAGUUCCAGAAAAAGGGCCUCCAGGCGAUGGAAACACUGAAAUCGGUCAUACCGAAGAUGCUCAAAACACCAGAAUGCCCGCUCUCCAACCGCUCGAAUGUCAACUCAGACGGCUCCGUCAAGUCAUCGGAGCCAUUAUCAAAACAGCCAAGUCGGACCUCUCAGGAGGAAGCGUUCUGGUUUCCUGUCCUCUUCGCUUUCCAUGAUGUCUUGAUGACUGGUGAAGAUCUCGAAGUUAGGUCCAACGCGCUAAACUAUCUUUUUGAAUCCCUUAUCAAAUAUGGAGGCGAUUUCCCAACCGAUUUCUGGGAUAUUCUCUGGCGACAGCUUCUCUACCCUAUUUUCAUGGUACUGAAAUCGAAAUCCGAGAUGUCGAACGUUCUUAGUCACGAGGAGCUUUCUGUCUGGCUAUCAACUACAAUGAUCCAAGCUCUUCGAAACAUGAUCACUCUAUUUACUCAUUACUUCGAGUCACUAGAGUACAUGCUAGAUCGAUUCCUGGAUCUUUUAGCCUUAUGCAUAUGCCAGGAGAACGACACCAUUGCCAGAAUCGGCAGCAACUGCCUCCAGCAGCUCAUUUUGCAAAACGUGACUAAGUUCAAGGCUACACAUUGGUCCAAGAUUGUUGGCGCAUUUGUGGAACUGUUUGAAAGAACAACGGCAUACGACCUCUUUCGCGCAGCCACCUCUUCAACAGCGUCAAGUGGGCAUGAUAAUGAAGUGGAAGACCCCUUUGGAGACGAGAAGAGUCUCAAGAUCAACAAGGGUGCAAACGGCAGCAUAACCUCGGAUAGCGAGUCCAUUAAUGAUGAUGAAGCUCAAGCAUCAAAAGCACCUGCAACCGAGCUAGAGGACUACAAGCCUCAGUCCGGACUUCAGCAACAGCCAGUCGUCGUCACAGCGGCACGACGUCGCUUCUUCAACCAGAUCAUCACACGUUGCGUUUUACAACUCCUCAUGAUCGAGACGGUCAAUGAACUCUUCUCCAACGAUGCAGUCUAUGUCAAGAUUCCCUCGCCCGAACUCCUCCGUCUCAUGGGCCUUCUCAAAAAGUCAUUCCUCUUCGCCAAGAAAUUCAACCAGAACAAAGAGCUUCGUAUGCGGUUAUGGCGUGAAGGGUUCAUGAAGCAACCGCCUAACCUUUUGAAACAAGAAUCCGGAUCCGCAGCAACAUACGUCAGCAUCCUCCUCCGAAUGUACCACGACGAGGACGAAGAGCGGAAGCGGAACCGCGCUGACACCGAGGCUGCGCUUGUGCCUCUGUGCGUAGAUAUUAUCCGUGGGUUCAUCCAACUAGAGGAAGAAAGCCAACAAAGGAAUAUCAUAGCCUGGCGACCAGUCGUCGUAGAUGUUCUGGAAGGGUACACAAAUUUCCCAGCCGAAGGGUUUGCGAAACACCUCGAGACGUUCUACCCCUUGAGCAUAGACCUCCUAAAUAGAGAACUCGGAGUCGAGGUUCGAAUCUCACUGCAAAACCUCCUGAGAAAGGUGGGCGAAGUAAAGUUAGGGUUGCCGCCGACUCCCCGAACAGAGACACCGACGAGCCCAGCGAGCGAGAGAUCUACCAAUCCGUUCGGGAGUCGGAGAUCGAGCAGGAGGGAAUGAAAUGAUAGUUGACGAGUAUUGUAUUUUUCCAUUCCGAUGAUUGGUAUUUGAGCGUAGAAUCUAGGGAAAGUGUUGAUUGGCUGAUGUGUGGGGAGUU